AUCAUUGGUUGUUACCUUCUGUAGUUAACCUUAAACAUUAUCUGGUCUUUAAUUUUUAUAGGUUGGACCAAUACGGAUUUAUAAUGUCUAAGACACGACUCGACCAAAAAAAAGUGAAUUCUGAAUUAUUUACAUUAACGUAUGGAGCCUUAGUGGCACAGUUACUAAAGGAUUAUGAAAAUGUCGAAGAUGUGAAUAAACAACUAGAAAGAAUGGGAUACAACAUGGGGAUUAGGUUAAUCGAGGACUUUUUGGCUCGCACAGGUUGUGGAAGAUGCUACGAUUUUAAAGAUACAGCAGAAAAAAUUCAAAUGGGCUUCAAAAUAUUUUUGGGGAUUACACCAACUAUUACAAAUUGGAGUCCAGCCGGAGAUGAGUUCUCCUUAUGUUUCGAAGUUAAUCCACUGACCGAAUUUGUUGAGCUUCCAGAUCAUUGUCUCAACUUGAAAUAUUGUAACAUUUUGACUGGAGUUUUAAGAGGUGCUUGUGAAAUGGUACAGAUGGAAAUUGCUUGCUGGUUUGUGCAAGAUCAACUUAAAAAUGACAGUACAACAGAACUAAGAGUGAAAUUUAUCAAAAGGUUAGAAGAUGCUAUUCCAGCAGGUGAUGAUUAAGGCAUUUUUCAACUCGGAGUUACAAGUUCUAAUACAAGAUGGCAGAAUUGAAACAGUAUAAUUAUAAAUUAAUGAAUUUGAGGAAGUAAUAUAAAUUUUAUUAAAUCAGAACUACAGAAAUACUUAAAAACCACUGUCUUUGUUUAAUAAUAAAGUACAAGACAAUUACUUUACAAAUACAUCAUUUAUUUAAAAAGAUAAGAAUUUGAGAAAAUGUAUAUUGAUAGUAUAUGUAUUUAAAGUACAUAUAUUGUAUAAAAUGCACUUAGAAUAAAUUUUUCCUGUAAU